CAAAUGGUGACACCCAGAUGGCUUCCUCCUUCAAAUCCCUCACCUUCCAAUUAAUUUCAACACAAGAUUAGCACCUGUGUGUCCUUACACACCAAAAAACACAUGCCGUAUAAUUGAUUUGAAGUGCAUUUUAACCUUUAAUCACCAAAGUCAUGUAAACUGACACGUAUGCCCUUAAACCUAAGGAUAAGACCGUAAUGAUUUGAUAAGCCAGACAUCAGAAUGAAGGUAUCGUCCUAAUCCUGCACUCAUUCACAACUGACUUCUAACUGCUGAUUGACAAUCUUUGAUGGAUUACUCAUCUGUACCGUGGAUGAUGCGCCGGGGUUUCCAACCUGCACCACCCAUUAAAAGUGACAGAGUUUGGUGUCCUUGAGGAAUUGACGCACAGAUAGCUUAUAAAAGACAACUAGCCUAGACGAGGAUUUCAGACAUCAGAGACAAGCAACCAGACAGAUCAGAGAAUCUCUAGAGAGAAGAACUUUGGUUCGGCGGACUUCUUUCUGCACAACAGACAUGGUGAGGAUGUUGUGUCCUGCUUGGCUCUUGGCUCUGGCUGUACUGUGUGCGGGUGGCUGUGAAGUUAGAGCUCAGUGUUGGGAAAACACUCGAUGCCGAGACCUCAACACUGAGGAGAGCAUCUUGAAAUGCAUACAACUAUGCAAGUCUGAUCUGACAGAUGAAACCCCCGUCUACCCCGGAGAAAGCCAUUUGCAGCCUCCCGAGCUGGAGCAAAACGAGGUCCUCGAAGCCCUGUCCCCAGUCGUCCCCGCACCUGAGCAAAUGGACCCAGAGCCCAGCCCUCGGCACGAGCACAAGCGCUCUUACUCCAUGGAGCAUUUCCGCUGGGGGAAGCCGGUGGGUCGCAAGCGCCGGCCCAUCAAGGUCUACACGAACGGCGUGGAGGAGGAAUCCGCUGAGACUCUCCCGGCUGAGAUGAGGCGCGAGCUGGCAACCAACGAGGUCGACUAUCCACAGGAGGAGAACGCUUUAAAUCAGCAGGAGAAGAAGGACGGCUCCUACAAAAUGAGCCAUUUCCGCUGGAACGGCCCGCCUGCUAGCAAACGCUACGGAGGCUUCAUGAAGUCCUGGGAUGAGCGCAGCCAGAAACCCCUUCUCACACUCUUCAAAAACGUCAUAAACAAAGAGCACCAGAGUAAGGACCAGUGAGGGGAUUUUAAUGAGAGGGUCUUAUCAUGCAUAGUCAAACAAAAGAGGGUGGGUGAUGUUACCGAUAGCACUUAAUUCUUGAUGCUUUAGAGUUUAUUCACAUUGUAUUCAACAAUAAAUCCUGAAUUCUGUACAUAGAAAUGCUGUGGUGAUUAAAUACUGGUUUAGAAGCUAAAGGAACAGCAAUUUUAGAUUAUUUAUUUUUAAUGUAAUAUACUGUAAAUUUUGAACAUGUGCCAUAAAAUGAUUGUUUCAAGCAGAAAAGAACAAAAUGGUUCAUUUCUGAGAAACAAACACACACCCAAAUCAUUCAGCAGGAUGUGCAGUUGCCAAUAAAGCUAUAAACACAGGUCAGACUUUGAAUUCAUAAAAUUAGUCUUUAAUUAAUAUUCUUAUUAUUCACACCACAUAUGUACAUCACUUAAUGAUUCCAUGUAGGCAAACAUUCACAGAACACAGUUCUGAAGUCAUAUCCGUUUGCAGUGAUAGUAUCUAAACACAGGUUGACUAAUUACGAUCCACAGUGUUGUAAUGAUCUCACUGAUUAAAAAUUGAAGUUAAAAAAAGGUAAAAGCACAGACAAAACACCCAGUGCAUGCAGCAGCUGACAAGUAAAGACUUAACUUUGAUAUUUGAUUUCGAUUUCAUGCAAAAUCACCUCACAUGUAAGCAGUCUAGAACAUUCCAUCGGUUGAACAUCAUAGCCAUAUUGACAGAAGAUAAAAACCACUAGUUGUGGUUGUGGUAAAUAAAUUCAAGGCAUUACCAAAAGAAAAUAUUAUAACAAUA